GCAGAGCCGGGGAGUGCUCCAGGGGCUGACCAUGUUCAACGGGGAUGCCAGCUCCUCGGCGGCCAGGAAUGUCAUCCGGAGCUCCAGCAUCAGUGGUGAGAUGUACAGCAUCGAGACCAGCGGGCGGGGCAGCGCCGACUCCGUCGCCAUCAGCAAGAAGCGGCGGUCCAGCCUGGGAGCCAAGAUGGUGGCAAUCGUGGGGCUGUCCCAGUGGAGCAAGAGCACCCUCCAGCUCAACCAGACUGAGGGAGGCCCCAAAAAGCUGCGCAGCAACAUCCGGAGGAGCACGGAGACGGGGAUCGCGGUGGAGAUGAGGACCAGGAUCACCCGGCAGAGCAGCCGCGAGUCCACGGACGGCAGCACCAACAGCAACAGCUCUGACGGCACGUUCAUCUUCCCCACCACCCGCCUGGGUGCUGAGAGUCAGUUCAGUGACUUCCUGGACGGGCUGGGGCCGGGCCAGCUGGUGGGACGGCAGACCCUGGCCACCCCCCCCAUGGGUGAUGUCCACGUGGGGAUGGCUGAGAGGAACGGGCAGCUGGAGGUGGAGGUGAUCCAGGCGAGGGGACUUAUCCCAAAGAUGGGCUCCAAGUGCAUCCCUGCCACCUAUGUCAAGGUUUACCUGCUGGAGAACGGCGUCUGCCUGGCCAAGAAGAAGACCAAGGUGGUGAAGAAAACCUGUGACCCCUCAUACCAACAGCCUCUGCUCUUCGAGGAGAGUCCCCAGGGCAAAGUCCUGCAGGUGAUUGUCUGGGGAGAUUACGGGCGCAUGGACCACAAGUGCUUCAUGGGGAUGGCCCAGAUCGUCCUGGAGGAGCUGGAUCUCUCCAGCGUGGUCACGGGAUGGUACAAACUCUUCCCCACCUCCUCACUGGCUGACUCCAGCAUCGGACCCCUGACCCGACGCCUCUCCCAGUCCUCCCUGGAGAGCUCCACCAGCCCCUCCUGCCCAUAGGAGGGAAAGGAGACGUCCUGCCCUGCCAGAACUGUGCGUGGA